AUGGAGCACUCCGCAGAGCAACCUGAACAACCACAACAGCAAAGAACCGACGGCCGGCGCCUAAUACUUUUUCCACUCCCACUCCAAGGCCACAUCAGCCCUAUGCUCCAGCUGGCAAACAUUCUCCAUUCUCUGAGGCUUCUCAAUAACCAGAAACAGUAUGAGCUAGUGCAAGCCAUGGUAGAACAAACCAAGGCUUCGUCCGGACUAAACUUUAACUCCUUGCAAGAUCUCGAGUACUCGCCUCUUCAAGUAGCAGUUUAUUCGAAGAAGACCACAGUUCAAUCUCGUGGCUCCACAAACAACCUCCUGACUCGGGGUGCCGAUGAUUUGCAGCCCGUGCUUUACGGAUCAGUUGGUGAAUGCACGGUACGUGUGCCACGUUUGGAAUUGGAGGAUGGGUUUAGAAGGGAGGAGAUUGAGCCUGGUGGAUCUUCGUACGGGUCCUUGCAGAACUUGGUCGAGUAUUUGCUGCUGUUGUAA